AAUAAAAUUGUCAUUUCUAUUCUCAGGCUCUCAGUUUUACACUUCUUGUUCUUUUUUUAUUUAUAGAAAUAGAACCUAACAGUACAGAUUAAGUAAAACUUAUUUACUAAUUUACUUAAUCUGUGCACAGCUCCUACUUUAUAUUACCAUUUAUUAAUCAUGUUAGCAUGUUGUUACCAGAUAGAUCUUCCCCAGCCAAAGCUAAUGAGUCUUCGAGCAACAAUAAGCAAAGAGAAAUUAAAAAUCUUACGUAAUAUGUGUGAAAAUAUUAUUACCAACCAAGCAACAACUGAUUUAAAAAAGUUAUUUGAUGAAGGUGCUCUAAUUUCAAGAAUGUGCUGUAAAGUAAGGAAAAAAUUUCGAGGAGAGAAACUUUUUAGACGCCUUAAACAAAUUACUGUUUCAAUAAAAAAACUUCAUCAACUAAAUAUCUCUGAAGUUAUACUAAUUUUACUGUCGACAUUUGAUAAUGGUAUGCCAUCAAAACAAGCUUGUCAGUGGGCUGGUACCCGUAUUUUAGCAGCUUUAAGUCUGAUCAAUCAAUUACAGCAAUUUGGUGAAGGAACAGCUCAACUAAUAGUGAAAGUGUUCCAGAAUGGUCAAUGUUGGUUAGAAAUGAACAUUGCCCUUGCUAUGGUUAGCAGAGUGUGGAUACUUACAAAAUCAUUAAACAAAUCAUUUUCACGGUCUUAUCAAAAUUUUAGGCCUUUAGUGAAUCAAUCAAAAAUGUCUGAAGCUAAAUGGCUACCAAAUUUUGAAUUACCUGAAUKCUUAAAUAAUAAUAUAGUAGAAAAUAGUCAGAGUGAGCCAGUUGUGGAUUUAGUGAAAAGACCAGGUUCUGUUAUGUGUCGAAAACCAGAACCAGAAGAUCCAGUUAUAAAAAAGAGAAAAAGACCUGGAAAACUAAUAAGAAUGUUACAAGAGAAGCAUAAAAAUAAAAUUAAAGUUGUUAAAAAACAAAAAACAAAGUAAUUAUAUAAUGUAUAAUUUUUGAUGUGUUG